AUGAAGACGAACCAUGAAACGUCGGCGUGCGUUGGGCGCGAUGUGAUGAGUGCUGCAGCCAAGCAAGGUGUGAAAGAAUUGCGUGAAGCAUCUUGGAUGCAUGCACAGCGACGCGCGUCGGCACUACAACGCGCUCAGUCGUCGAGUCUAGGUGCAUGUGCUGAAAAUGUCCAGGGCCGGGACUAUGCACAGCGCGUGCGUCGCGAGUCCAACGACCUUUUGCGUUCUUCACGUUCUUCUGGCUUUGAUCAAUGUGCACAGACUGGACGCAAUGAGCGUCUGGAACUGACAGAGGACAUGGAGCGUGGUCCAUACACUUUUGAAGCGCCUCUCGACGACGCCACGUUUGAGCGCUUUGAGCCUCAUGCUCGUACUAAACUGAGGAAGCGAUACAUUCCACACGCAAGUGUGAAUGCACAUAUGAAUUGCCGCUACGCCAUCUCACCCAGCACACUAUACUCUCUCACAGGCCGCAGUGGCUCUUCGUCCGAGUAUGUACGCGACGUCUCCCAACCAGCCAUGGACGGCGACUUUGAGGUGCCACUAUAUGGCGAUUGGGUUCUUUUUGCCGUGAUGAGUGAGAAGAGCGCGCUCAAGUACACUAAUAAAACCCCUUCUGAUGCCGCAGCCACCAAGUAUUUUUCCUGUAAAUUACUCGACCUCAACACUCAGUAUACGAAUAUAUACCACGAGCUUCCGGGGCACUGUGUUAUGAAUAUGCUUGCAUUCGAGUCGACUCGUGGUACCAGUGCAUUCGAUAAGCUGUGGAAGGAACGAGACGGUGUGCUGCUUGCCAUCCUUAACCCCCGCAUUAUGCGUGCCCGAAAAGGAUCCAACGAACUGACUAUUUCGCCGCGCUCCGCUGACUCUGUCCUCGUGCUGGGCCUGGCAGAACAAUAUGGCCGCUGUGAGGCGCAUUGCAGAGACGGCUCACGAUGUACAGCUUUUGUGUUGCGACAUCCCAAGAGCCAGGGCGUAUGCGCCAUGCAUCUCGAAAAGGCCAUUGCUGGACACCAACGCUCACGAAUGGAGUUCGCCACUGCCGCGGCAUCGUAUAUCGUCCCACCGCCGUCAAAAUUACAUCCUACGUAUAGCCAUCGAGCGAGCAAGCGAGUUCGGUCUCCGAUGGACGGGCUGCAUUAUGUCGUACCUGGCCUCACACCAUCCAACCACGAUCCUAGCAGUCACAUGUAUGAUGUAUCAUCCCAGCUCGGUCGUGGCCUUGAACAAAAAAGACAGCGCAAGCGUCGGGAGCUUGAAGAGGCAGGUCAGCUUUCCAAACUCCAUGCUCACGGCCCCGAACCCAGGAAUCGGCGCAUGUUAGACGCACAGCUUCUAGCAGAUAUGGAUCAGAAUAGCAGUGCAGCUCAAGCUCUACGUACAGCACAGGCGACGCUGCGCGGAGAAGAUCCUAAAAAGCAGCAAGUCUCGCAUGCAAGCACAACAAGUAUACCUGAAAGUGCCUCAGCGUCGCGUCUGUUGGCGCGACACACGGCAUCUGCUGCUUCGCUGCCCCCCGCCAAGUUGCACGGCACACCGUUUCGGUCAAAUGUACUGGAGCGCGAUAAUCCCGCCGCUCGGCAUAUCGAGCUACUUAAACGGAAGGAGCCUUCAACUACAGAUGAUGAUGAUCUCGUUAUCAUUGCAGGCUAA